AUGCGGGUCCACCCAACUUUACUGCGUCGGGCGUUCACGCCCGGCGCCGUUCUGAAUUCUCGUGGUUCUCCCAAGUUUCAACAGGUGACCCUUGGAAGUUAUCCGGUUCCCCCAGAACAAGAGCUGCUAUGGAAGAACCGCAUGAAGGCGUAUGGAGGCUACAUCCAACAAACGAUCUCUCCGUUCCAGAUGAAGAUCAUUUGGCCAUUCUGGCACACUUUCCCCGCCAGAACGUGGGCAAAAUUUAGCGCAUACUACUGGUGGUGGGUGUGGCCUGGCAUUGUAACUUACGGCAUCAUAAAGAAGAUGUUCCACGACGCUGAAAGUGAAGUACGAAACAAGUACUGGUACUAA